AUGGCGAACGGCGAGGCCUACCGCCUUCCGUGGCUCGUCAACAGCGCGCAGAUCCCCGAAAGAUGGUGCCAUGUGCAGAAGAAGCGGUAUGGCAACCUGGGCAAUGUCUUGGACAUUAUCUACUACGCAGAGGGUUGGCAAUGUCUCCACGGCCCUGGGAAUAUCAAGUCCAAUAAGAUCAUGUACACGUUGAGACACCAACGCAGAGACUAG